CGUGAGUAGCACGCACCUUCACGCAGCAACAGCGGCGCACAUCAACCGCCGCGCUCUCCAUCGCUCUCCCGGCCGCGUCUCUCCUCCACUCUCUCCCCUCCCUGGGCCGACCUCCUCCCGUCCCGUCCCUCCGUCCGUCCCCACGGCCAUGAGCACGUGGAGCGACUGCGCCGAGCGCUGGGCGCUGGACGCGGCCGCGCUGCUGCUGGCCGGCGUGGCCGCCCCGCUGCUGCUGCUGGUGCUGCUGCUGCUGCUGCCCGCGCUGCGCCUCCGCAUCCCCUACGGCCGCUACGGCUCCCGCAGCUGGGGCCCGGGGCUGCCCCCGCGCCUCGCCUGGGUCGUGCAGGAGCUGCCCGCGCUCGCCGUGCCCCUCUGGCUCGUCAGCUGGCACGGCGCGGCCGCCGCGCUGCCGGGCGGCCACGGCGGGGAUGUUUACCCGGGAGGCCCGCUCGUGCCCUGGCCCAACCACGUGCUGCUCGCCAUGUUCAUCGGCCACUACUUUCAUCGGGCACUCAUCUACCCCUUCCUCCUCCGCGGAGCGAAACCCAUGCCGUUCGUGCCCUUCCUCCUCGCCUUGGCGUUUUGCACCUUCAAUGGCUACUUGCAGAGCCGCACGCUCAUCUCGUGCGCUCGCUACCCCGACGGCUGGCUCUACGACGUCCGCUUCGUCGCAGGGGCACUGCUCUGGCUUGCUGGUUUGCUGAUAAACCUGCACUCGGACCACAUUCUGCGGAAUCUACGCAAGCCCGGUGAAACGGGCUACAAGAUCCCACGCGGAGGGAUGUUUGAGUUCGUGUCGGGAGCAAACUUCUUGGGGGAGAUGGUGGAGUGGUUGGGCUUUGCCAUCGCGUGCUGCACCCUGCAGGCCUGGGCUUUCUCUGUGUUCACCAUCACGGUCAUCGGGCCACGCUCCGUUCACCACCACAAAUGGUAUCUGGAAAAGUUUGAAGACUACCCCAAGAAAAGAAAAGCUGUCAUUCCUUUCUUAUUUUAAAUGCAAAUUAAACAAAUUACACACGUGGGUUGGGUGCUAUUAAUAGUGUAAGUUGGCCUGUGCAGAAUUAAAUGUGUGCUGCCUGUUGCACAUAUUUAAUAAUCUGCUUGCAUUUCCUUAAAUCAACAGGGGAGUUCAUAGUCGAAGCACUAUUACUUAUGGACAAUAGUUUUUUUUACGUCACUGUCAUUGCUAUAUGAGAUUUGCGAAUUUUUGUACUUUUUUGCGGCCGUUCUAAUUGGAGGUGGCAUAUUUGAGCUUCCUAUUCAGGCCCCUGCCCUUCCUGUUUAGGCCCCUCCCCUCUUUCUUUAGGCCUCGAGAGGCCCCCACCUCCUUCCUCUCUGCCCCCCACUGCCUUAAGCCUUUAACCCUCAUCAUGUCUUCCCGAUUAGAUUGGAAACUAAUUCCUUUAAGAACUCUGUUGCGUAUUUAGUUUUGUUGUCCUUCCCCCGCACCUCCGAUUGGCAUUGUUGGCUAGGUAGGGUGCGAAAUAAGUUCUAUAUACGGUACAUACAUCAUGCCCAAAUGUCUCUUCCUGUUUCAGCUGUGCCUUUCCUUUUAGGCCCUGCCCCUUCAUCUUAUGCCCUGCUUCUUUCUGGUUAAGCCCCACCCCUCCCCCCAGACACAGGAAGUGGGGAGGGGGUGCACUGAGCAGUGGAAGUGGGGACAGCAGAGGUGGGUGUUGCAACAGCACAAUGAUGACCAAAAUCCCCCUUAGCACAGCAAGAUAAUAAUGAUGUUGUUUUAGUCCCGCAAGGAGUUUCUGCAGAACCACUAUCGGUCACGUGUCUGUGUUAUAUCGCAUAAGGUUCUGCGACUGCAUGGCCUAAAACGUACGAUUUUUAUUAAAUGAUUGCUAAUGUCCAUAUGCUUUUCAGAAAAUUUAACUGCAAGCACUAAAAUACUGUAGUAUUUUAAACACAUUCCUGCAGAGGGAGCUGGUAGGAACGUUGGGUUGCUCGGUCAAUGGCCAGGGUCAACGGUGGCGUGGUGUAUUCCGCAAAUAUGCCCGACUGAGGGCGGGCACAAGCCAGCGUGAGUAGGUUAAACGUUGAGUUUUAUAAGGGCACCACGGGGUGACCAGCCCCUCCCCACCCAGCCCCACCCCCCACCCAGCCCCUCCCUACCCAGCCCCUCCCUGCACGACGGACACAAUCCCCUGUGGGCUGUUGUAACCUGGCGGUUCCUACCAGUAAAAAAUCUUCGCAUAAAGUUACUCUCACGUCACUGAAAUCGACAUGGAGGGUCAUAUCGCAUGACCUCGCAGUGUGUUCAGCAAUCCUAUUGCACGAGACAGCAGUUAACAUCCACCAACCCUCCAAGCUCAGGAACACGCUUUUAACCAUCUUUGUAUAAUUUUUGUUUUUGAAACGAAUGUUUUAUCAAAUAUUUGUAUCAUGCCUGGGUACUUAUAAAGUAUAUUAUUUAUCUGUAAUGGAUCCUCACUACUAAACGGUGGCUCUUGACUAAAUAUCGUUGAGUGGAGUUGUGGUCUCGUUCCUUGCUUCCCAAUGCUCUACGGCCUCGCGUGGCCUUCUUCCGUCAACGUGUGACCCCUUGCUCGCAUCCGUGGCGACAUAGCGCUCCCUUCCAAAGUUUUUGAAGUCAAUCGUGGCUAUUGAAAUGACUUGACUGGAUACCUCCGAUAGCGCCAGACCUCGGAAGCGAAAUGCGGUUACGUCUGGAUAGCGCUUAGAUUGGGUGACCACCAAUAGAAUAACAGGUGUCAGGCCAUGCUGCGGGCAGUGCAGCCAAGUCCAAUGGACAUGGUGACAUUGUUUGGAGGCUUUCAUCCAGCAGUGGAUUUAUCGCAGCUCAUGGUGAUCAUUAUCACCGACAAGGAUUCCUAUUUAAUGGCAUAACACACCUUUGCUAAAAGCCAAACUCAUGAAAUGUAUUUUUAUUCACGUAAAAAAUAAACAUUUUUUUAAUAAAUUCUAAAAUAGGAUUUUA